AUGCUUGUACUGCUAAUACGAGAAACGUUUUCAAAUAAUGUUAUUAUUGAAAAAAUUACAAAUGGUACAUGCUAUAUUGAUGAUCAUUGUAUUCGGAUAUCAUCUACAUCGAUCUGUCUCGACUGGCGUGAAUAUUGUGAUGGAAAAAUUGAUUGUUUAAAUGGACACGAUGAACAUUAUUGUUCGACGCUCGAAAUAAACAAUUGUCCGAAAGAAUCAUUUCGUUGUCAAAACGGAAUGUGUAUACCAAAAGAUUUUACUUUUGAUUAUUACUUGGAUUGCAUGGACAAUUCGGAAGAAGAUAUCGAUGAGUAUCUUGAUCAAUGCUACAAGAUGUCCGAUAAUGAAUGUGAUAAACAUCACUGUGGCCUAAUGUCAUUUUCUUGUGGCGAUGGUCAGUGUGUUGAGCAUGCUGAAGAUUUUAAAUGUAAAACAAAUCGAGACAAGUUUUAUAUAAAAACAAUGUUUACAGAAGGAAAUAC